AUGUUCACGCCCCUGGGCACCUAUGAAUACAGAGUUAUGCCCUUUGGAUUACAAAAUGGCUCCCACUGUUUUCAAGCCUUCAUGCAUCACGUAUUGGCGGGUCUCCUCUACAAGAAAUGCGUCUGCUUCCUGGACGACAUCCUGAUAUUUUCAGAAUCAGAGGAGACCCACGAGGGAGACGUCAAGGAAGUUCUGCAGAGACUGCAGGAGCACAGGCUGUACGCCAAGCUGGAGAAGUGCCAGUUCGACAUGAAGGAGGUAGAUUUCCUGGGCUACAAGUUGUCGGACAAGGGGCUCGCCAUGGACAGCGCCAAGGUUCGCUCAGUGUUGGACUGGAAGAGCCCGCGCAAUCGGAAGGAGGUCCAGCGGUUUGUCGGUUUCGCCAACUUUUACCGCAAGUUCAUCAAGGGGUUCGCGAUGCAGACGGCGGCCAUUACCGACACGCUCAGCUCCAAGAAGAAGAAGUUCAUCUGGACGGAGCAAGCGGAGCAGUCCUUUCAGAAACUCAAGCGUCUCUUCUCGUCCGAAGAGCAGCUACUGCAUGUGAAUCCCAGCAGACCGAUGAGGGUUGAAACGGACGCCUCAGACAGAGCCGUGGGAGCAGUACUGUUGCAGCAAGACCCGCAUGGGGACUGGAGACCGUGUGCCUUCUACUCCAGGAAGCUCAGCAAGUCAGAGCAGAACUACACCAUCUGGGACAGGGAGUUGCUGGCCAUUCAUGCAGCAUUCAAGGCGUGGCGGCACUUCCUCAUUGGAGCCAAACACACAGUGCAGGUCCGCACGGACCAUAAAAACCUGGAGUACUGGCGCACGGCAAGGUUCCUGAACCAGAGGCACAUACGAUGGGCGGAGUUCUUUGCGGAUUUCGACUUCAGGAUAGAGUACAUCCCAGGCGACAACAACAUCAUGGCGGAUGCACUGUCCAGAAAGCCGCAAUACCUCGAGGAGGCGGCGCCAGCAGCGGCCAAGCACAUUUUCGCACCGAAAGCGUGGGCGUGCGCUUCAGCAACCGUGGACCUGGAUGCUGUACGUCGAGCACUGCAGGAGGACCCCUUCGCGCAAGCAAAGAUGGCAGAGGUGCAAAGGGGCACGGCGGAGGACGACGAGUUCCAGAUACGCGACGGAUUGCUCAUCCGCAGAGGGGCCCUCUACGUACCGGGAGACGACCUCCGCGCGAAAGUACUGCAGCAGUUGCACGACGCACCCACCGCCGGGCACUUUGGCAAAGAGAAGACGGUAGAAUUAGUAGCCAGAGAUUUUUGGUGGCCCAAGAUGCGGGGGAAGUCGCGGAUUACGUCUCGAGGUGCGACACCUGCCAAAGGGCCAAGUCAGUGCACAAACCGCCGGCGGGACUGCUCGAACCGCUGCAGACACCGCUCGAACCGUGGGAGAGGGUGGCCCUGGACUUUGUCACGGAUCUACCCAGCUCGAGGGGCAAGACGGCAGUGCUAG